UACUUCAUAAAUUCAUAAAAUUGUGUACAAUUCUUUUAGUUUUAAUUUAAUAAAAUUUGAUACAAAUGUGAAUGGAAAGAAUGGCAACUAACAAUGCGGAACUUUCAUGUCAGUCUGGACUUAAGCGAACUAUUGCGGCAGGCACUGAAGAGGAAGAACUAGAACUAAAUAAGCUUUAUGAUUAUUUACACAAGCAGCUGUCCAUUUCACGCACUGAUCGCUUAGGCGGACGGGCACUGGCUACUUGGGAUCUUAAUGAGAAGGCUGUGCGCGUGCUGCGUAAAGAUGGCAAAUUUGGUACCUUUGGCUACAGUCAUGGCGGUCAAUGCUAUUUAGAAAAUUUUGAAGCAUUAUUCCUUUUAGAGAUGAAUCGCCUACAAUUGGAAUAUUACUCGAUGAUUAUGUCUGUGGAACAGGCUUACACACUGCUACUAGGCGAAGCGGCUACUACCAAGUGUAAUGAAUAUCUCGUUUAUUCCCACUUAACACGCGUUGGUUACAUUUUAGUUCGUCACCAGAAUGUGCCAUAUUACGAUAAUAUCGAACCCACAGCGGAAGAUUGCGUUUGGGCGCUGGCAUUAAGCGCAGUCAAUAAUCGAGCAGUGCCUGAGAAUGUUAAGAAAUCUCCUUUUUUUGCAAAAGUAAAAAGAGAAAUGAAAGUCAUUAAGGAAUGUAUAAAAAAUCAACAAUUUCCUGAGCAAAAACAAUUAGAUAAAACAGAAUCCGGAGUGAUAAAUUUUGGUGUUAAAGUUAUUUCCAAAGGAAAGCGAAAAAUUUUAAAUGAUGAAGUUGAAAACCCAACCGAAGCUAAACGUAGAUGUCUCGAAGUAGCAACUAGUCAAAAAAGUUUUCUAGAUUGUCUUAAGGACGAACCGGAGUACAAACAAUUUCAAAUGAUAUUUACAAAAUUUGACAUUAUUCAAAUGGAUGAUAACAAUAUGGUCACAGACGACGAGGUGCGCACUUUACCAAUAACAUUCGAUUUAUAUUUACAUAAUGAUGGUUUUAAGAAGAGUACACCAAAACCACCAACAUUUCGUUUAAUUAUACUAGGAGUGCAUGAGCCAUUCCCUACGCAUGCGGAAAUAGCGAAUACAUACAAUUUACAGAAAUACCCAGUGCCAGUGUUAGUGGUGUCAGUGGGUGAAUCGAAGCAAAUACAGGCGCUCGUCUACUAUUUUAGUUGAUAACAAUAUAUAUAAUCUUAGUAGUUAUACGCUUUUCAGAAAAAUACAUAGACAUAUGCAUAA